AUGAAAUGUAAUAACAGGAAACAGACCAAUAAUGUACACCUUUUGAUCAGACAAGAUAUUAAACGGCUUAUUGAUUUUGAUCAAAGAAAACCAUUCAUACAUACAGUACAUACACAAUUGUUUCUACAGCAGCGAUCUGACAAACGAAAUAAUAUUGUGAAAAGUGUCAACAUGUGUACCUGUACAGUUACUGUAUUUUUUAAAACACCACCAUUGAGUAUACCAACUGUCCUACUGCUGAAUACACCGAGCGGUAUCUUGACACAUCCACAAGUACUCCCGACCCACACCUCUCCGACCUACCCCAUCCGACCUAUCCGCACUCAAUCCACCAGACCGGUCUCUUGUCAGUGUAAACAGAUCACUCAUAAACAGCCCCUAUCACCGCUCAAGAUGAUAUCUGUCUACGAGCUGGCAGCAACAGUGCUCAUUCUGGCCUUGUACACGGCAUAUCUCGGCAACCUACCGACGUUCGACUACCACACUGCUCGCGAGCACAAGCUCAGCAAAGUGCGUAUCCUCAAAGAAUGCAUCUACCGACUGGACAAGGAGAUCAUCCAGCCCUGCGAGGAGGUAGAAAGAUCGCUCAGAGAUCUCAUUCAAGAGUACAAACACGAAAGCGGCGCUAGAAAACCCACAGUCACCAUUCCUAUCUUCAAGAGAGUCAGAAGAGAGAACUUAAGACUGUUCAGGUACGCCCCCAAAGCCAAAGCGUUUGUGAGAGUGCAAAGCCCGAAAGAAAAACCUCACCCCCAACAGCGUCUUCCAAAAGACACCAAUGAAUUCGACGUGACCAACCUGAGACAGGUGAACAAGUUUGGUGUCAACUCCGACAAAGAUCCCUAUUGGCAUCCUCAACCAAGACAUCCUCUCAGCUCUCUCAGUUGCAACCCCUCCACGAGAAGGUAUCCCCCGAAACUCCAUGCGUGA